AUUGGCUGCUCUGAACAGGGCAAGCUGGGCGCGAGUUUUGGCAGCGGGAGGCGUCCGGAGCGGUAGGAUGGCGACACCGAGAAGCUUUGGAUCCCCGGGGUCCCCGGGUGUAAAACAUUCAAAGAACACUCUGGGAAGAGCACAUUCCAGGAAACACAAAGCUGAUCAAAAGCACAAGCCUAAGGACGUGUUUGACUUUCCUAAUAAUUCUGAUGUCUCAAGCAUGCUGGAAGAAAUGGAGGAAGAAGAGGAACCGUAUGAAACCUUCGACCCUCCUCUGCACAGUACUGCUAUCUAUGCUGAAGAGGAACUGUCCAGACCCUGCGGGUCCUCUGCCUCUCCGGCCACUCACGCAAGAGAAGAGGCAGAAGGUACGGCUCCUGUGGACCCCUCUGCAAACGAAGCAGGUGGAAACAAGUCUGUGAAGAUGAGUGCGAAAAAGCCAAGGAGAAGGCUGGAUCCCAUCAGCGACGAGUCUGAGAGCUCCGAAGAUGAUGUAAGGAGGAGAGUGGGGUCCCUGGAGAGAGCAGGAGAACAGCACCAGGCUGCUCCGGCAGCGUCUUCGGCAGCCCCUGUGAAGCCAGCCGCGCGAACCACUCCUAAGAGGACAAGACCCCACAGCACUCGGCCCUCCACUGCAGAGGAGACUCCAGCGAUACAAAGACAGCGGAAAACUCAGAAGGAAGUGAGGCUGUCUCCUGGCAGAAGGAAGAAACCAGGGAGCAAAGCCACAGACCCGGAUGCUUCCGAAAGUAUGCAUAUUUGGUGUCUAGAAGGAAAGAGACGUGGUGACAUCAUGGAGUUGGAUGUUAUUUUGUCUGUCUUUGAGAAAACCUUCCUGGAGUAUAAACCAAGAGUAGAAUCUGAAAGGUGUAAUGAAGCCAUCAACGAUUUUUAUUUUAAAAUUAAAGGAGAACUCAUCAGAAUGCUUAAAGAAGUCCAGGUGCUGAGAGCUCUGAAAAGGAAGAACGCCAAGAUGAUCUCCGACAUGGAAAAGAGGCGGCAGCGUUUGAUCGAGGUCCAGGAUGAACUGCUUCGAUUAGAACCACAACUGAAACAACUACAAAAACAAUAUGACAACCUUAAGGAGAGAAAGUCAUCACUGAAGAAUUCUAUGCAUUUCUUAUCUAAUUUAAAACAGCUGUAUCAAGACUAUUCAAAUGUCCAAGAGAAAGAACCAAAGAAAAAGGAGAAGUAUGAUUCAUCUAGCCUUCCAGCUCUGUUGUUUAAAGCAAGAACGGUGCUGGGAGCCGAAAAACACCUGAAAACCAUCAACUAUCAGCUGGGGAAGCUCCUCGAGCAGGACCGAGAAGACAUUCGCUGAGUCAGCCCCUGCUGCCAUCUCCGGAAACCGCACCUUGAUAACCAAACGUCCGUUCCGAUAAUAAGUGUGCCUACUCCUCAGAAUUUAUUACCAUUUGUCAUCCAAACUAAAUUACACCAGUUCAACUGCCUAACGGUUUCAGAAGCCAUAGUUAUAGUUCUGAUUAUUGUUAAUAAAUUUCAGUCUCUUGACAUGUUA